AUGCUUCGUUGGGUAAACAAGCUUCACCGAAGAAUAAUAGUGGAAAAAUCGGCAUGUGAGGUGGCUUCGAUGUUAUUUGUAAAUGUUUCUUGCGUUAAAAAGUUCCCAUUUUCUACUAUGCACGCACCUGGUACAUCUGUUGUUGCGGAACAAAAUUAUGAGAACGCUGUGACCUCGUUGAACUCAUUACAAUCGAACUUCAGCGUGCUCCAAACAUCUGUUCUCCGGAAGCAUAAGGAUGACGGCAGGCAUAUCAACGAUACGAUAAAAUAUUUAGACCGCGUUGGGAUAUCAUUGGAGCGUUUAGAUACAUUGCCAGCGAUACAUGUGUCCGGGACCAAGGGCAAGGGCUCAACUUGUGCAAUGAUUGAAUCUAUUUUGAGGUCAAACGGUUAUCGUACCGGAUUUUUUAGUUCACCGCACUUAGUGUCCGUUACGGAACGAGUUCGUCUUAAUGGAAUGCCUAUCUCAACUGAUAAAUUUACUGCACACUUUUGGAGAAUCUACAAUCAACUGAAGGCGGCACAAGAGUGUAACAAAGAUAUGCCAUCAUAUUUUUGUUUUCUAACAAUUCUUGCAUUUGACAUCUUUCUACGGGAAGCCUUGGACGUUUGUGUUAUAGAGGUUGGCAUUGGUGGAAGAUACGACUGUACGAAUGUGUUACGGAAGACUAGUACGGUAGGAAUAACUUCACUUGGUUUGGAGCAUACAAAUCUGCUGGGCAACACUUUGGAAGAAAUCGCCUGGCAAAAGGCUGGCAUUAUAAAACCGGGCUCGGACGUGUUUACAGUUCUUCAACCUGCGCAAUGCAUCGGAGUUAUUGAGCAAGAAUGUCGUCGAUCACAGGCCAAUCUUCGCAUAGUACCAGCAACAUUGCAAGAAUACUGCUGGGCAAAUAAGCCUUCACUGCUGGAGGAAACUUGCAACAUCAUCGGAAUGAAUACUUCGUUAGCAAUUCAGGUAGCAACAAAUUGGAUGCACAAAAAGCAUGCCGAUUUGGCGCAGAAUACCGCACCAUUGUUCUUAACAGAGAAAACCAUUCAUGGCAUUAACAGUUGCUUUUGGCCCGGCCGGCUUCAGCGAAUACCAUAUGAUUCCAGAAAAACGCUUUAUCUCGAUAGUGCACAUACCCUGGAAAGUAUGGAAGUAUGCGGCCGUUGGUUUAAUGAGAAAUCGAAUUGUGAACACAAUCGGCUGUUGAUUUUUAACACAACCGGAGACCGAGAUUCGUCCAAGUUACUAUCUGCUCUCUUAUCUGUAACAAAAUUCGACGCAGCGUUUUUCGUUCCCAACGUAGCUCGCCGUGGAACAACUCGAGCUGAUGCCAUAAACCACAAUUUUCCACUCGAGAAUCAAAUGCAUCGUUGUAGAGAAAACUAUGUGUAUUGGACAGAAGAGAGGAAACACAUGGGCGGCUUUGUACAUGAAUCAAUCGAAUCUGUCUUUACACAAAUUGAUCAAGAAUUUACCCGGGAGUUAGCAAUGUGUGAUAUUUUAAUUACUGGUUCAGUACAUUUAAUAGGAGCUGUAAUGACAGCACUAAAACUAGAACGCUAUGCUUAUGCAUCUCCUACUAAAUGA